AUGGCUACAGACUCCUCAACAGCAGGCCUCACCUCCAAACUGGCCCGUUUCUCCUCCCAACAUGAUGAUAUCAUCCUCCUAACGACCACCAUCGAAAGCGAAUCCUUCGAUACUCUCCGCCCCAUCUUCGUAAAUCCCCACGCGAGCCCACUUGCCAUAGUCCGCCCAUCCACCAUCGAAGCUGUCAGUGCCACAGUCUCCUUCCUAGCGUCGAACAAGAUUCCCUUUACCGUUCGCGUCGGUGGACAUGAUUUGCACGGCCGGAGUGUAGAGGAUGGCGGCGUAGUGCUGGAUCUACGACUACUCAACCAAGUCGUCAUCGACAAGAGCGGCAGUGAGGCUGUUGGUGGAAAGACAGCAACAGCAAGAAUCGGCGGCGGGGUCCUCAUCGGCGACCUGCUUUCUGCUCUGGAACCGCACGGCCUCGUCACUCCCGUCGGCACCGUCUCAGGUGUUGGCUAUCUAGGCUGGGCUAUGCAUGGCGGGUACGGGCCAUAUAGCUCUGGGUUUGGGGUGGGCAUUGAUCAGAUCGUCGCUGCAAAAGUUGUGGAUGCCACUGGACGUGUCGUUGACGCGGACGGGAAAUUGCUGAAGGCUAUUAAAGGAGCUGGAGGUGCAUUCGGGGUUGUUGUUGAGGCUGUGGUUCGAGUGUAUGAGCUGGACUCGAUUCUCGCCGGCACACUCAUCUUCAACUCGCAAGACCUUGCCACUACGAUCCGCACUUUCAACAAAGCCUACAAAGCCCUAGCGCUCACCGAGUCCAUUCCGUCAGCACUAAACAUUUUCUCCUGCAUCCUCUCCAGCCCUCAAACGCCGGCACCAAUCUUCAUCCUGCUGGUAAACUGGACCUCGCCCAAUCUAUCCGAAGGAAAGGAAUGGAUUGAGAAGAUAGCCACUCUGAUCCCCUCUGCGGCUGCAACACUGGCAGCAAACACAGUUCAAAAAAUCAAACCCAAACCCUUUAUUGAAGCAGUCUCAAAACUCGUCGCUCCUUCUGUGCAGGGUAGAAUGUACUCGGUAUCCUUUAGGGAAAUUACCGACGAAGUGGCGGGCGUGAUUGCGCAUUUCACCUCUGCCGAGAGGAUGCCGCGGGAUGAGGGCGUCCUACUUGAAAUUCAUGAGCUACGCGCUGUUUCGCCUUCUGCGAAUCCGAACACCAGCUCUGUAUUUAGUGCACGAGAGCCACAUUUUGUCGUCGCGGCCUGCGCAACUGCUGUGCAUGAGGAGAAUGUCGAGAAGGUCUUGAAAUGGGGAGAAGAGCUCCAGGUUGCACUGAAGAGGACGAAGAGAGAGAAUAUCCUGCCGACGUCGUACAUCUCUUUCAUAUCGAGGGAAGAGAUGGAAAGGGAUCAAGAGAGGAUUUUCGGAGGACAUCUGCCCUUCCUGAAAGAUUUGAAGAGGAGGCUUGAUCCAGAGAACGUGUUUAAAGCUGCAGUUUCUGGUCUAUGA